AUAUUUAUAUUCACCCUUCACUUCUCUCAUUCACCACUGACUGCACUUUCUAAUCUUUAGAAAUCACAACCAGUUUCCAAUGGCACCCAAAGCCGAGAAGAAGCUAGCCGAGAAAAAGCCAGCCGAGGAGAAAAAAGCCGAGAAAGCCCCAGCUGAGAAAAAACCAAGAGCCGAGAAGAAGCUCCCUAAAGAAGCGGGGGACAAGAAGAAGAAGCGAAGCAAGAAGAGCAUCGAAACCUACAAGAUCUACAUCUUCAAGGUGCUGAAGCAAGUCCAUCCUGAUAUCGGCAUUUCCAGCAAAGCCAUGGGUAUUAUGAACAGCUUCAUCAACGACAUCUUCGAGAAGCUGGCUCAAGAAUCUUCGAGGCUCGCACGCUAUAACAAGAAGCCCACCAUCACCUCCCGUGAGAUUCAGACUGCCGUAAGGUUGGUCCUGCCUGGGGAGUUGGCCAAGCAUGCUGUUUCAGAAGGGACCAAGGCGGUUACAAAGUUCACCAGUUCUUAGUUUCCAAAAAUCUGGGAAAUAUGGUUUUGUUGUAAAAAUAAGUAGCUUUUUGUGGGUCUUCCUGUAAUUUGCGGAGCUUAAAUGGAAAUUUAACCAUAUUUUGAAUUAA